CCCAUUGUUUGUGCUUCUUUCAAAAUAUGGCAAAGGUUCAGGUGAACAAUGUAGUGGUGCUGGACAACCCGUCUCCCUUCUACAACCCCUUCCAGUUCGAGAUCACCUUCGAGUGCAUCGAGGACCUGUCUGAAGACCUGGAAUGGAAAAUUAUCUAUGUGGGCUCUGCAGAAAGUGAAGAAUACGAUCAAGUUUUAGACUCUGUUUUAGUGGGCCCUGUUCCUGCGGGAAGGCAUAUGUUUGUAUUUCAGGCUGAUGCACCUAAUCCAGGACUCAUUCCAGAUGCAGAUGCCGUAGGUGUAACAGUUGUGCUAAUUACAUGCACCUAUCGAGGUCAAGAAUUUAUUAGAGUUGGCUAUUAUGUAAAUAACGAAUAUACCGAGAUAGAACUAAGGGAAAAUCCACCAGUAAAACCAGACUUUUCUAAGCUUCAAAGGAACAUUUUGGCAUCUAAUCCCAGAGUCACAAGAUUCCACAUUAACUGGGAAGAUAACACAGAAAAACUGGAAGAUGCAGAGAGCAGUAAUCCAAAUCUACAGUCACUUCUUUCAACAGAUGCAUUACCUUCAGCAUCAAAGGGAUGGUCCACGUCAGAAAACUCACUAAAUGUUAUGUUAGAAUCCCACAUGGACUGCAUGUGACCGCCUCCCAUCUCUUUAGUACAAACUAAGCUAUUAAAACACAGAACUAUUUCCCUGAAAUUCUGUAAGUCAUACUCACUAAGACACAAUGUGAAGAAUUUGUUUAAAAACCAUCCUGUAGAAAGUUUAUAAGAAAACCAGUAUUUGAGCAAAUUGUGGAAUAUAAAUACAACUAUUUUUAAGUAA